GCUCUACUACUGUGCUGCUGCCACCACUACUGCUGCUGUGUCUUUAAAGGAGAACACCACUCAAUUUCAAAAUGCGUGAUUCAAAAACACACACAAAAAAUAAAUAAAUCUAAAACUGUCAUUAAAAAAAAGAACUUCCAAAGUCCCAGUGUGAGAAGAAAGAGCGAUGCAAGUCGAACAUAAAGUUCACUGCUCAUUUUUCAAUAAUCAAUCCUAUUGGCCUUUUUUUCUGUGAUGUUAGUUCAUGGGAUUCUCUAAAAUGAAUUUGCCAAACUCUCUUUGCCAGCUCGUACUAAAUCACUUGCUUCAGCCUGACAAAUGCCAUAAGUCCACGGUCCAGAAGGUGUGUGCUCGGGAAAUUACAUCCUCGGUACAAUCAACACCUCUUAAAAAUACCAUGAGUGGCUACCUGUUCAUUCACAAAUAAAAGAACUUUUGAAACUGCCUUUUUCUUCUGGCUCCGCUUUGAGCUGCGUCGCGCAGCUGUUUCCAGUGAAAAAGCUCCAAGUCUGAACAUAUACUUGCUUUUAAGUAUGCGUUCACCAGUGCACGAUAUGGCCAUUUGCCACUUGGUUGGUGCAAAGCCUCAAAACCUAAUGCUAAGUUUAUGCAAGAUGCAAUUCCCACAUUCUGGUAGGACUCUGUCAUAUAACACGGCAUGUCAAAUGUCACCGUUUUCAUUAUUUGCACUAUGCAAAUCAUGCAUCAUACAUGUACAACUUAAGUGUAAAACUGUAAGUGUUACACUGCAAAUUGGGUUUGCAGUUCAGUACAACGAUAAUAUCUGACACAGGAACAUUCAGCAUCACUGUGUAAUGCACAGUCUGCGUCGAGGAAUAUUGGUCAAUAUUUUUAUGUAGUUUAAAUGUAAAUGUUGCCAUUACUGAAUUGUAAUGCGACUCCUUUCUUCUUAUGCAACAUUCACUUCGCAAACAUACGUGAUUAUAAAUAGUGGAUAUACCCAGUCGAAUGGGUUCUGGCAGUGAUUCAGAGAGAAAUGGAUACUGUAUUAGACCAGCCACACGCUCCUGGGAUAUGCAAACUAGGGGAAGAUCAUGCUAAUGCAAUGUAAUGAUGGGCCGCAGAGAGAGCGCAGCUGGUUUGGAAAUACACCUCCACAUUUUAGCGGUCAGUCAAAAAUAUGCAGAUAGGCAGAGCACAGCGCAGAACAAGUCGUUUCAAAGAUCAUGUCUUCAUCUCUCUCUAACUCCAGGGCUGUAAAUCAUCGCAGGAUUCCUCAAGCAUUGACAAUACUAACAUGCCACAGUACCGCAACUCCUGACCUUUUGUUGCAUGCCCCCCCCUCCUUCACACACACACACAUACCACAUUUUCUGUCCGUCUCUGCCGCAGCUAUCAAUUAAAGGCAUAUAUGCCAAAGCAAUAAUAUUUAGAAGAGAUCCAAAAUGUUCUCCAACCCAAACCCAACUGUUUACCACAUACUGUCCUAGUUUUCUCCCUCGCAAGAGCGAUGAGCUGUCGGAUACAGCGCUGGCUCCUGAAAGACAAAGUUUGUUUUCACUGAGGGAUUUUGUUAUUUUUGGUCCACUUUUAUUUAGUUUUUCGGCAUUAGGAAAAGUUUAAAUAGCUACAAGAGCAUCAUUAAAGGUUCUUUUUCUUUUAAUCUAAAACAUUGAUUGGAAGUUGGCCUGAUCUCAUGAACGGAUGUGUUCAAUAAGAGUUGAAGGGAAGUGGAAAAGGUUUUUUCCAACAAAGUGUAAAAUUGUUACACUUGGGGGGUGUUUCCCUUGCUUUCUUCCUUGUUUCCAUUACGUCCUGCAGCUGAAGAUUAUUUUUUAUUUAUUUAUUUAUUUUUCUUAAGGAGAUUUAUUCAUGGUAGCAGUGUGAACUCUGCAAAGGUGGUGUAACGUGAACUGUAGGAGCACAACCGCAUUGUUUGAUUGCACCUUCAGGAGGAACCGAUCAGUGCCAAAACUUAAUGCUUCUCUGCUUCUGUGAAGCACUCGUAUGUAGGAAGAGCAGCACAUUUUGUUUUCAUUAUAGUAGUCCGACUGGAGUUUAAUUCCCACCUAUGCUGCACUUUUCUGUGCUUCCUGUAUGUACUGCAAUCAACCGCUGCAACCAGCGUUGGCUUUGGUUCAUUCACUCAACACCACAGCAUAAACACCACGACUAAGAUUGAAGGGCAGGGAUGGACACCGAGGGGAGGGGAGUCAGGGAGAAAUAUGGGCAGAAGAGGGAAAAAGACAGAGAAAUCGAGAGUGAUGAAUGCCGACUGUAACAUUGUGUAACUCUGACAGAUUAUUCAUUGUGCUAUUAGUUUUCAGCAGCAGCUUACUCUUGCCAAUCUACACAAAAGAGGCAUACCAGUAAUGGCAGUUGGGUUUAGAGUUUUCACUGAGGUACUGCUGAGGAUUACAGACUUCAUAGCUGAGCUUUACAUAGGUUGUCAACCUUUAACCGCUGUACAUUUAAAGUAGGAAGAAACACAUAAAGGUCACACAGUCUCUUGGCAAUAAGAGUUAAGCUGCGCGAUCAUGACUAAUAAUAUCACAAAGAGUUUAAGCAGAAAACACAAUUAGACUUUGACGCUCCUUGCCUUGUCUCUUGCUAAUUUACUCCCACUUGUGUCUGUCUUCUCGCCUCUGUCUCCGCUUCCUUUGCUGUACCUCGUUUUGAACUAUUAACUUCCUUCUCGAAGAGAGGAUGACAGAUAGAUGAAGGCAGUUUAAAGUCGCAGCUCUCCUACUACAAUCUCCAAUCGCAUGAACCUUAAAUUCACGUUAAAUGUCUGAGUCCCAUGAGGAUAGAUACAUUGCAAAGCUCUUUAGUGCCACAGCUCGUACAGAUAAAAGUCUUGCGGUCGGAUAAACCUACAUUUUGGCGUCAUCCAUGAGCUCAGCGAUGCCUCCCGGCCAGCUGUCCCGGGAUGAAAUCAGAGAUGUAGACGGAGGGAAAGAAAAAACACUCACACUCGCCACUCUGUCUUCACAGCUUACUGCAGUCGAGGAAGUGGUUGAACGAAACAUGAUUUUUUUUUUCCUGCAAACGCAAAACCCAGUUGUACCUCUUGCUGGUAGCGUGCCCUGUCAGACUAAUGACAGAAACCAGGAAGAACAUAUCACGUGAGAAACUGAAAACAAGUUAACACAACAGAAAUUAUUUAAAGAUAUUCAGUCGUUAUUCAAAAGACAGUUUGGUAACUUUGAUUCUGGACACAUUUCUGUGGAAAAAAGAAAAUAAAUAUAGAGAAAUAGAUCAACCUGACAUCUGAUUGUACCGUCCAAGAUAACAGCUUUAUUACUAAUGCCACAUGACAGCAUUUUAUCCAACACAUCGACCGUAUUUCUUAAAUUUUAGAGGGCCCUGUGGGUGAUGCAAGAUCUGUUUUAGGGUGGAUUUCCCCUGGAACAUAUCAGCAUGCAGCCAAAACAAACUCCUGCGGAUGGUUUGCCUCUUGCCUCCGGUCUCUCCGGCCUGCUUCUAGAGAGCAGCCAAGGGACCCUCAGUGCUCAGAGGGAGGAGCAGUGCAGUCCUUUUGCCCUCCCACUGGCUUUAAGACCAGAGACAGACGGAAACACUCAGACUGCAGGCACAUGUGGAGCAGAGACACACAGAGAGGGAGAAAGGACAGAGAGCACGAGAGAGUGAGGCGGCUGGCGCAGAGUCGUUCCUGGAAUUGAAACGGGCAAAUAUAGAAACGAAGGGCAAAGAAAGACGCGCAGAGAAGCAAUGAGAGACGAGACCAAUUUUUGCUUCAACAUGCAAGUAUAAACUGAUUUUUUAAUUCUUAUUUUGAAGUGAUAGCUGCAGGAGACACAGAUCUUUGGGAUGUGAAGUGCAUGUGAAUAGAUCCAGAAAGAACAAGAAGGACUUGGAACCUGCAGCUGUCCAUGACCCGAGUGCUCUGAGGUCAAGUUGUCGUGACCUCUUAACCUGCUUUAGGAUCAACUUCAAUAAGGGGAGAUUACAAGUUGAGGCAAAUUAGACUCACAAGGGAAACAUCCGAUUCUCCUGGCUUAAUUUAUUUUGUGAAGAAGAGAAGUUUUUGGGGAAAUAGCUCUGGUGGACACCUUCAGCAGCCGUCAGCAUCAACCAGAUUCAGCCAACAAGCUUCAUCAGCUCAACCUUGCCUUGAGGAAGCCCCCACAAGACUGACCGGUAACUGUCACGCUGUUGCGCCCAAGAUGACAUUCGCCAUGCUGCGCACGGCACCCCCCGCGGGCCGCUUCCUGUACGGCGACAUCGCCCUUCUCUCCGAAGACGAUGACGAGAACGGCAGCGAGGGCUCGGGCUCCGAGGAGCGUACCAGCAAUUCCUCCAACGCCGCUUUUCGCUUGUCCUCGUCUUCCCCAUCUGCCUUUCACAUCAAGGUGAACAGGAAGAGGAAGCUGUGCGGGGGAGGAGGCGGAGGGAUAGAAGUAGGGGGCAUGGCCGCGAGACUGGUCCCCCCGGACUCAUCUCCACCUAAGGAAUAUCGCCAGAGGACCGCGGCCAACGCGCGGGAGAGAGAUCGCACCAAUUCUGUCAACACAGCAUUUACAGCGCUGCGCACACUCAUCCCCACCGAGCCUGCAGACAGGAAGUUGUCAAAGAUCGAGACGCUGCGUUUGGCCAGCAGCUACAUAAGCCAUCUGGGUAACGUGCUGCUCCUGGGCGAAGGGCUUCAUGACGGACAGCCCUGCCACGCUCCCUCACCGCCGUUUUUCCAUGUCAGCUCCUCCCCCAACCGAGGAUCCGACCAAUCAGCGCAGCCCAAGCACAUCUGUACCUUCUGCCUCAGUAACCAGAGGAAAAUGAAUAAAGACAGAGACAGGAAGACCGCCAUAAGGAGCUAACAACAACGACACGAGCCACGUGGAUAAAAUGCUCAUCACUUGCUUACAGCGAUUUUUAAAAUUACUGCAACUUGAAGACUAACCAGACUCAAAGACUUUUGAAGGACUCCUUGUAGCACUUCCAGGAUUUUCCAGGAACAUUUUAACUAAAGUUUGCAUUUUGUUAAAGGACCUUUUUUAAAAAAAUUUUUUUUACAGUUUGAGAACUUUCAAAUGGCUUUCACAUGCAUACCAACACCACCAAGAACCUCUUAAUACCACUUAUAAAAGACUCUUGACUGUAUCAGUGACUCUGAGAACUUAUGGCACAUGAUCUGAAAACACACUCAUAAACUUGUAUUCCCGAAAAGCUGUGUGUUAUUAAUGUGUAAACUGAAGUAUAAAUGUAUAUUUAUGUGACAUAACAUUAUAUAAUGAAACUAUGUUAUUUAACGGCUAUAUGACUUUUUUUUGACAAACAAUGUGCAUCGUUUUGAGGUACAAUCGUUGGCUAUAUGACAUCACAAAAAUAUGCUGGAACAUUGUUGGCAUUGGUUAUUUCUAAUAAUCAUUUUUGAGAGUUGAACUUAACUCAAGAUGAGCAAUAAAUUGUUUGUAUAUCUGGGAUUAAAUUUCAUUCAUAUGCUGCUGGUAUGUUAAACAGAUUGUACUCUAAAAUGUUCUCCUAAUUCUUGCCAGUCCCAACCAAUAAACAUUGUAGAAGUUUCCACCGUGACUUUCCGGUGAGCUGCAGAUAUAUUUUAAUAGCAAAUCAAUGCUGUAUUAUCCUUUUGUGGCUGGUGGAGAGAAUUAAGUGGAACUUCCUCUCUGUCUGAUCCCAUAGCUCACAUAAACCUAAUUACCCUUAUUCACCUGCGACGCUCUCUUUCUCUCUCACAUGCUUGUUCCUUCUCUCCUCGAGAACUCGGUUCUAGUUGGUGCUGCUGUUGCUCAGACUGACUAAAGUUGCAGAUGAGGUUGGCAACAGAGGCUUAAGGAGGAAAGAAAAAGGCAAGGCAAAGGGAGAGGGGAGGAAAAUGAGCAAAAUUGAAUCUGCAGGUUGGCUACUUGGACAUCUGCCUUUGUCCCUUUGCUGUCCUCUUCUUUACCUUUCCACAUGCUUGUUCUCUCUUCUCCUCUGCUCUUCCUCUCUUUUCCCUGGAGUGCCACUGCCCAGAGUCUGGUUGUUGAUGGCUUUCCAGUGUGCUUAGCCCCACACCAGCUACAUUCUUCUGAACUUGUCCUUUUAUUGAUGCAUCCAUACAUCAUCUACUUGUUUUCUUAUUUUUUCUGCUGCCUUUUCCAGUGUUUCUGACUCUGUGUCCUCCAUCACCUUCAUGCAGCAUCUCCUCCAGUCUGGCAACUGCUGUGAUGGAAAAUGUAGAUUCUGCCCUUCAUUUUUGAGCAUAUUCUCUUUUUUAAAAUAAUAAUUUAUCUUUUUCUUUCUCGUGUGACUACUACACAUUUUUCCUACAUUAUCUUCAAGGUCAGAGGAUAGAAGUUAUGGCUACCUGAAAAUGUUGCAUCAUCUGGGUGAUAUAUUAUCCUGCAUGAAGCGUAUUAAAAUCUUAUAAUGCCACUGGUGUCCCAAAGUCAUAUAACAGUAGAAUUUCUUAAGCUAUUUUCCACCAUUAAAAGAAAUGUAAAUUGAGCCUGUUCUUUUAAUGGAGGCUAACCGCUGUGCUGCACUAGUUCGGUGUUCCCAAAUUAUUUUUUAACAACGCUAACAAGCUGUUUCUGCGACUGAGGUGCCAAUUAUCGAGCUUUUUCCUACAAUGUGACAAGUGCCCGAUGAAGGAAAACAACUAACAAAAAAUUCAAAUGCCACUUUCCACUGCCAAAAAACAGCUUUUAGUGGAAAUGGUGCUGAAAAACAAAGCUGAUUUAUUUUGUGUGUGUGCAUGUGUCAGAUCUUACAAACACCCCCAAAUUAUAUCACUACUGGGGACUCACAGCCAGUUCUAGAGUUAAUAUGUCCCCAGAUGGAUGUCUUUUAGAGGACACGCACUUUAAAGAAACAACUCACAAAGGUGAUGAAGGAGAGAAACGUGUCGUCUGAAAGUUCAUUAAAAUCUAAACUAAAGAUAGCUUCAAAGCCUAUAAUCGCUUAUACCAAAGAAUACAGUUGUUUGAUAUGCCCUACGAGUUUUUUUCUUCUAAAACGUAACGCGGGAUGACAAAAGACUAAAUCUCAGGACACGGAUUCAAAAUAAGUGGUCCCUGCUGCUUAUAGGUUUCUGAGAAAAAGAUCUGAAAAGCACCGCAUGUCUUAAAGAUCUUAGUCCUAUCAUGAGCCGAUGAAAUGUAGAUAAUCUUACUGCUGGGGUAUUUUUUUUUUUGUCUUUUUAAAAGGAAGCAAUAGCUUUGAAAAAGCUCUGUGUGUCUAGCGUGUCCUAAUGACUUCUGGUCCAGUUAGUCUGACAGUCUGAUCUCUCUAGCAGGCCGUCUGGAUACUAAAGGGGGGGACUGGUUCCUCCCACACAGACCAGAUCAGGUUCCCCCUACGCCUACGCACGCACAACUUAGCAUACACACAGAUGACCGUUCACACGUUUGUGCGCAGAUGAACUUACAUAUGCACAAACAGAUGGAUGUACUGUGUGAGCGGACGUGCACAUUUGCACACACGGGAAGAUCUGUGAUAUAGCUUAGCUUUCUAAUGAUCUCUGUAUUUUAUAUUGAUGAAACAGAUCAGCUGAGAGGGCAAACUGCUUUUUAUUUAAGUGGGCGGUUUUGGACCAAUGUAAACCGGAGGUUGGAAGACCGACUGACUCUUAUUAUUAUCACUAUAAUGAUCUGACAGAGAUGACCCCACGGAAAUCUGGCAUAUGAACGCUGAUAGCUGAAGUUAUAAAAAAAAAAUAGAGUUUGUGCUGGAAUUUGCACGCUUUUACGGCACCACCGGCUUUGGUAUGGACCAUUUGUCUUAAAGUAGAUGAUUCAGAUAAAACAUAACUA